AUGUGUGUCAGCCAACAUCGCGAUUUGGGAGUGCUGCAAUUUCAAUCACUAAAAACUAUCUUUUCCACGUUAUUUCGCCACGCAAGUGCGUGCAUCGUGAUCACGAGACUGUGAGCAUUCGCGUGCGUGCUGGAAAUUGAGUGAGUGAGUGCGUGAAAUGUGGAAAAACAUCUUGGAAAGCUGAAUUUGUUGCCCACGGCAAACUGUGAGUUUUGGUGUGAAAAAUAAAAAUGGCUCUGUUAUUUUGACAUCGAGUUUAAAGUGGAGUAUUUUCUUCGUUGCUGUGCAUUUUCCAUGCUUUGGGGCGACUUUGGGGCCUUGCAGAGUGACUCUGAGUGAGUCACAGUGCCAAACGAGAGAGUGAAAAUAGCAUUAUUCUUUUCGAGUUGUGUGGAAUAUUCAUGUGCCUUUUGCCCCAUAUUCGACUGUCGUCGUUAAGUGGAUAGAUUUUGCACAGAAUUGGCUGUUUAGCGGGUGAUUUUGGGGUGUGCCAGUGCUGCUGAAGUGCCCACGAAGCUGUCCGCGGUGUCAUUGGGUCGGCAAUCCCGGAAAAUCGGCAGGAAAUCGGAGAAAAAUGCCGAUUACGUAAAGCCAAAUGAUGCUGUGGAGGGAAUCGAUGUGAAGAAAGGAUGCUCGAGACAGUAAAUUGCCAGUAUUUGUGGCGCCUCAACUGUUCAUGUGAUUAUCAGCGAGCGGAAGAAUCGAUACGACUCGUGGUCCAUUAAUGCAUGCUGGAGAGAAUCACAGGCGGACAAAAUCAACUCACGCAGAGAUUAAUCAAUCGUGGCAUAUCAAUUGUGAUAGGGAGACAUUGUGUGACGUUGUGUGAGAGAGUCGGACGAGAUGUCGUUCCUCAACAAUCUGAAGAAGGUGUUCCACCUGGGCGGUGGCGAGGCGAAGAAGAAGCGCCUGUACAACAACAUCCGCAUGGACACGGAUCCCACGGACUACUGGGAGAUGGUGGGCGAGCUGGGUGACGGGGCGUUUGGCAAGGUGUACAAGGCGCAGCACAAGGAGACGGGCAGAUUUGCGGCGGCGAAGAUGUGCACGCUGGAGGAUGAGGAGAACAUUAGUGAUCAUAUGGUGGAGAUUGACAUUCUGUCGGAGAUCAAGCAUCUCAAUAUUGUUGAGCUGUACGAGGCUUUCUCGCUCGAUGACAAGCUGUGGAUGCUGAUUGAGUACUGCGACGGCGGGGCGCUGGAUAGUAUCAUGGUGGAGCUGGAGAAGCCACUGACUGAGCCACAAAUCGCGUAUGUGUGCAAACACAUGACGGCUGGACUGAAUUUCCUGCACAAGAACAAGAUCAUCCACAGGGAUUUGAAGGCGGGCAAUGUGCUGUUGACAAUGGACGGCGGCGUGAAGGUGGCGGACUUUGGCGUGAGUGCGAAGAAUAAGCACACGCUGCAGAAGCACGACACGUUCAUUGGCACGCCGUACUGGAUGGCGCCCGAAUUGGUGCUGUGCGAGACAUUCCGUGAGAAUCCGUAUGACUUCAAGGUGGACAUCUGGUCGCUGGGCAUCACAUUGAUUGAGUUCGCCCAAAUGGAGCCGCCCAAUUCGGAGAUGUCUCCCAUGCGAGUGCUGCUGAAGAUCCAGAAGAGUGAUCCGCCGAAGCUCGAUCAGCCGUCCAAGUGGUCGAAGGAGUUCAAUGACUUCAUAGCGCGCGCACUGGUGAAGGAUCCACAGAAUCGACCGACGACAGACACUCUCCUCAAUUUGCCCUUCAUCAGUGGCCACCUGGACAGCAAGCCCAUCAAGGAUCUGCUGCUGGAGUACAAGGCGGAAGUGGUGGAGGAGGAGGUGCUGGACGAGGAGACGGAGAAAGCGAAGAGGCAGGCAAAGAGACGAUCCAUGUAUCAGAGGGAACCCCGCAAUUCGGCGUUGCCGCUCGAUCUGGACGAUGAUUCUUCAUCUGUACAGAGUCAAGAAACUGAAAAAGUUUCAGAACCAUCAUUGCCAACGAAAACGCCCAAAGACUCCAAAGAGUCCACACCUGUGCCCGAUGAGGAGGAGAAGAGGCCCGAGGAGGCCAAGAGAGAUGCUGCGGAGGAGAAGAAGGCGGUGGUGAAGAAGGAAAAGGGUCCGGCUCCGCGUCCUCCGGCCGUUGUCACGCCGACAGAAGUGAAGCAAGAGCCGCCGUUGACGGCAGAUCAUCCGGACAAUUUGGGUGAGACGAGAAAGAAGGAUGUGGCGCCAAGUCCGCCUGUUCUGAAGUAUGCGAAGGAGCAGAGAAAGUCCACGGAGUUGGAGGAGAUCGUCGAGUUGCCGGCGGAGGUGAUUGAGGCGGAGGAGAAGGAGGACAAGACUGGUGGUGGUGUCUUUGUGAGUUCCAGUGAUGACAGGGGAACACCUUCGCCGUCAUUCUCCAAUUCCAUUGCUGUGGGCAAUACAAACACUUCCACUGUGACAAUUAACUCUGAACUGCCGGAUCCGUCCAACAGUCUAGCGAGUAAUGUGAGUCAAGUGACGGUUGUCACGAGCCAUCCGCCCGUGAUCAUUGACAAUUCCAUUCCUUAUGUGCCGCCGCCGGAGGUGCAGAAUGAGGUGGUGAUUGUAAGCAAUGAGCUGAAUAAGACGCAUGUGAAUGAGAACUCCACGGACGAUGACUAUCCGUCGCUGGACAGUCUCGAGAGUACGCCUAAGAAGGCGGCCGGCGGCACAAUUGUCAUCCCCGACAGAUCAGAGGGGAGAAAGAAGGGCGGCAAGACGGCGAGGAAGUUGGAUGAGAGUGAAGUGUUGAUUGUCGGCUCGAGCUUUGCGGAGGAGGAAGAGGAUUCUGCUCUGGACACGACGCAUGUCUCCGUUGUGACGGUGGGAGAGGAGCAAGUGAAGGUGAAGGACUCGUCGAAUGUGCCGAAACAGCCAAAAUAUGAGUCAACGAGUGAUUUGUCCAAUGUGUCCGUGACUCACAGUGAAUCCAGUGAAGAGGUGAAGCCGAAGCCAUCGAGGGUGAAUGGACAGGUGCGAAGUCGCGAUGAUGUGAAUGUGAUUGUGAACAAGGAGAAGAAGAAGCCGGACAAGAGGAAUUCUCCGGAUAGUUCGGUGGGCAGCAUGGACAGCCGGACACAGAGUGAGUCUGGAUCGAUGCGAUCGGCCAAGGUGGCGAAUAAUCAUCACAAGGAUCGGAGUGAUGCUGAGAGUAUUGCCACAACAGCUAGUCAUGACAGUCGUGAACCGGAGGAGGAGCCCAGCAAUGCGGUGAUUGUUCGUCGGCAGCGCACGGAGCAGACCAAGGAGGAGAUUCACUUGAGGAAUUUGCAGAAGAAGACGCGCAAGCGCACGCGAAAGUUCACAAUUGAUGGGGUUCAGGUGACAACGACCACCAGCAAGGUGAUCUAUGGGGACAAUGAGAAUGGGAAGGUGUACGAUGAUCACUUCUUGCGCAAGCAAGAGCUCAGGGAGCUGAAGUUGCUGCAGAAGAUCGAGAAGAAGCAAUUUCAGGAUGUGCAGAUCAAGGAGCAGCUGGCGAAGGAGCAGCAAGAGAGGCGCUUUGAGCAGGAGCACAUUGCGUUGCAGAGGACUUAUGAGGCGGACAUGGAUGGCCUGACGCGUCAGCAUCGACAGCUGAUUGAUAAGACUGAGCAGCAGCAGGAGAAUGAUUUGCGUGCCACGUCCAAGAAGAUCCGCGGCGAGCAGGAGCGCGAUCUGAAGUUGUUCCGCGAUGGACUGAAGCAGGAGAUCAAGCUGCUGAAGCAGGAGAUUGACUUGCUGCCGAAGGAGAGGCGAAAGCUGGAGUUCCCGAAGCGCAAGGCGGCCAUGGAGGCGGAGCAUGAUGAGAAGGAGAGGGCAUUCCUGUCGUCGCUCAGCGAGAGCCACGAGAUCGCCCUGAGGCGACUCAGUGAGAAGCACCGCGAUCGACUGGCGACCAUUGACAAGAACUACUUGCAGCAGAAGCAGACGGCGAUGAGGACGCGCGAGGCGAUGCUGUGGGAGCUGGAGGAGAAGCAGAUCCACGAGAAGCACCAGCUGGCGAAGCGGAGUGUGAAGGAUUUGUGCUUUAUGCAGCGCCACCAGAUGAUUGUGCGUCAUGAGAAGGAGUUGGACCAAAUAAAACGAAUGCUACAACGAAAGGAGGAGGACCUCCUGAAGAGGCAGACCAUUGAGAGACGCGCUCUGCCCAAGCGAAUACAGAAGGAGCGCAAAGUGAGGGAUGCAAUGUACAGAGAAUCACUGAGAAUAUCCACACACUUGGAUCCGGAAGCGGAGAGAGAGAAGCUGAAGAAGUUCCAAGAGCAGGAGAAGAAGCGCUACAAUCAGGAGCAGCAGCGCUUUGAGACGAAGCAUUUGAGGCAAUUGGAAGAGUUGCGAGCGACAGCUGAAGGAACAAUAAGAGAAUUGGAGCAAUUGCAGAAUGAGAAGCGCAAAGCCUUGCUGGAGCAUGAGACAGCAAAGCUUCGUGAGUGCGAUGAGGCUCUACAGCGUGACAUGCGUGAGUGGAAGGCACAAUUGCUGCCACGCAAACAGAAAUGUAUUAACUCCCUCUCUGCCAUGAUUGAUGAGUAUGAGAAGAAGCACAAUGUGCAAACAGAUCGAAAAGAGUUUGAUGGUGAUAUUGUGGUGCCGCCACACUUGCGUCACAACACCAUGUUCAAUUCACGCCCGAUGCGCCUCCAUGGAGGACUGUUGGGCAGCCUAACACGCUCCAGGACACUCUUAUCCCUGUCACACUCCGCGCGGGACUCAAUGCACGGCUCUGUGCCGGAUUUGAGUCGCAGUGUGCCGAACACGCCACAGAUCAGUCAGAAGCUCACGCUGGCCAACUCGGUGGACUCUGUGCUGGAGGAGUCCUCCACGGACACGAUCAAUGGCAGCCAGACGCUGCCGGUGAAGAAGAAGCCGCCACUUGCGCCGUCCACGUCCAAGUACGUGUUCACGAGCGACGGCGUGCAGCUGCGACGGACGUCGAGUGAGGAGCAGCCGAAGAGGAUUCCGGGCGCGAAGAACCUGAGUCAGCAAAUUGGGCGCUCGAUUGCUUCACUGCCGCCAAUCCAUCAUCACCAUCAUCAUCAUCCGGCGAGGAACAGUGUGGACGGACUGAGUAGAUACUCGAGCAGUGACAGGCGAAUGCCGCGCCUUGAGGAGACUUUUGCUCAACAAUUGGAAGAAAUGGAAGCUCUUUAUGGUGGAAAUCUAAUAGUUCCUCUUCCAACUGACUCAUCACCGCGUGAUUUAACUGGAUCCACGAGGAGCAGCUUAUCGUCGUAUUCGGAGGGUUGAGCAGACGAAGAAGAGUUUUUUUUUGUCGGGGAGAAAUAACAAUAAUACAAUAAUAUUUAUAAGAUAAACUGCUAGAGAGAUUUUCCUCUCUUCUCACGUCCAGAACAUGUGGUUUGUAUUUCAAUUGAGGAUGUGGAGGAAAGAGGAAAAUUUAGAAACAGAUUGAGUAAGAGGAUGAAAGAAAGUAAGAAAGGAAAAAACCUAUGAAAUUAUUUGCAAAUACUUAACCAAACUAAUCGAACUAAUUGUAAAUUAUUCUAAGUUAGCGCGUUAAGAAUGAACCCUUAAUUUCCUAUUACAUUUGCAAUCCCAGAAUUGUUGUAAAUACACAGAAAAAAAUGAAUAAUUAUUUUAAAUAUAAAUUCUUAGUGUAAUUCUGUUCAAUAUUGUAUGUAGAGAUUAAAGAAGAAAAAGGAUGUGUAGUUUUUUCAAUGUUGAUCCUUUUGUUGCAGCAAAACAACAUUUUUCAUUUCUUUUUUACUAUCUGUUACUAAAUGUUUAUUCCUAAGUUUCAUCAUUGUUUUAUGCAUCAAACAGCAUUCCAAAUGGUUGGAAGACUUUUUUUUAUCAACAAUUUUUGGUGUUAGUCUUUUGUAAUUUGUUUGUUUGAAGAAAAUAACAGAAGAGAAAUCAAUGUGAAAAGGCUGUUGAGCUAUACUUGUGAUGAUAUACAAUUUGUAUUUUAUUACAUUAUUUAGAUGAAAAGCGCGGCGCAAGGACAGAAAAUAAUAAUACAUACAAUGAAUGAAGAAAAAGUUGAAGUGCUGAGAAAUGAUAUCAAAUAAUUGUAAUGAAUCUUCCGCAAAAAAUAAUAAAAAAAAAUUGCCAAUUUACAAAUAUAAUGGAUGAAAAGAAGGAGAGAACGGAGAAAGAGGAAGAGUAGAUAAAUCAUGCUAUAUAGAAUAGGCGCAAUGAGACAUGAAAGAAAGAUGAUCAAGAGUAGGUUAGCUUAGGAAAAAAUGUUAAAUUUGCAAAUUCAUCUUUUAUACAGGAGAGAAAAGAAGCAAAAAAUGCAAAAGAGAGUAUAAAAAAAAUGUGAGUAAUAAAGUAGAUUUUUGCGAGGAAAUUUUUGCAUAGUCUUUUGGCACGUAUUUUUUGAAUAAAAGCGAAACCUUUUAGAUAGACCGUCAAUGGAAGCAAUAAUCUUAUACUAACCACAAGAUAACCUUAAUUCUUGGAAUGUGUCUGAAUGAAAGCACUGAGAAAAA